ACAAGUUUAUGGAAGGAUAUAGAGGCACAACUGGAGAAGUUUAUACAACAUUUGGACGACGAUAUUGUGGAGCACUAUGCAGCUAAUUGUUUGAACGCGGGUUAUAGGAGUCUGAGGCGAAAAGACAUACUUGUGGCACAGAAAGUCGCGGAUAGACUAAUGUGCACACUCAUGACAGGCGCAUUAUUUUUCAUGAAUGAGAAAAGUUGGCGGCAGUGGCGCGAUAAUAUGGUGGUCAGUAAUGAUGAUGAACUGAAGGAAUAUGUGCGGUGUGCCAUAGUAAAUAUAUUUAUGUACAUAUUGCUGAAAUCUCCAUGCAGAAGUCAAAUGGGUGUAUAUUAUGCAUGGGAGACUGUGAGAAAGAUGGAGGAGACUAUGCCUGCAUUACUUACAAAGGGCACGUGCCAGCGGGGAGUGUUUACAGACAUAAAAAUACAGGUAUUCGACAUGGGGGAAAGGAUUAAGGAAUGGUUAGAGAGCAAGAACAGCUUGACUGAGAAAAUUGGAGGGCAGGGUAUAAAAAGCACAUGUAAGAAGAGCCUAAAGGACCUCGUAAGCGGAACAAAGUGUACAAAUACAAUGGAUGACAAAAUACAACUGCAGACAACGAAGACGCACGUUAUAAAGCACUUAGGGCCAGACAUCAAGUUAUUGGUUCGGCAGGUGCCGAAGGAGCUCAUGGGGACGGCGCCGGAAAAUGGAGUAUCCACGGACCCGAGCGCACACGACCCCAGUAGAGGUCCUGCGCAUGAUGACAGUGAGGCCAGAGUACCGACCUCUGUCAAAAGCGAUACAACAGAACCAUCCGGCAAAGUAGGUGGCAAAGAAUCGUCCACACCGGCCACAUCAGGACCCGUAGCUAAACCAAAGAGUCCAGAGAAGGGUCCAAAUGGAACAGAUGAUAACAACAAGGACAAAGCACAACCGGCACCAGUGGACAAACCAGCGUCCAACCCUGGGGAACAAGCACAGGACCCAUCAUCGUCUUUACCAGAUGCAGAACCCAGUCAACCCAGGGACCCGGCAGGAAAAGGCGAAAAGCCUGACCCCAUGUUAGACUUUACAGGAAUAGGUAACCCACCAAAGUGGGUUCAACCAUGGGAUACAACAGAACAUGGGGUAAAACCGAAUACAGAAAACUCAGAUCCUUCCGGUUUCUCUUCCUACAAUCCAUAUUCAUUCGGUUGUAGUGGUGUUGAGGACUCGGAGGGAUACUCAUCAUGUGACCUAAGAAUAUCACUUAAUAAAUCACAAAGUGCAGGGGACCCCGGAGGAUCCUUUGUACCACCUGACGGACACGAUUUCACACUGAAUAAUGAAAAUAAAAACUUAAUGAAUGACCCACCUCAGCAUGGCGGCCCUAGUCCCCCAGACCUAACCGCCGACGUCCUUACCGCCACUACUCCCGUACUCUUCUUCCUGUCCGCCGUCGCCGUCGCCCUCCUUGCUUAUGCCCUGUGGAAGGCGAGUACACUGGGCACAUCUUUGGGUGAUGCCACAAGUCAAUAUGGCACGGUAGAUGCCAGUACAGUUGGAACGACUACAGUGUCGUUGAGUGAUGCAACGGAUGUAGGGAAACGGGGACAACGUAAUUUUUACGAUGGUCGUGCGAGGGGUAGUCCCGCGAAGAACAAGUUGUUAGAUGAUAUGCGAAGAAAUUUUAAAUCCAAGGUCAAAGUAAACCAGCCACAGAACAAACAGAAGGAAUCACAGGAUAUAACUGCAGCGAGUAGUUGUAGAAGAGGUUUGAAGAAAUGGACGCGUUGUAAAAUGGGAAGGAGAGCAUGGUCAAUACUUAUAGUAGUCGCCACAGUCUUGUAUCCAGUACUGCAUUCCUUUGUAGACGCAAGUACGAUGGCGUUGGGGUUAACAGAAAUCACCGUUGUAAGUGGCUUCGCCUUAAACUUAGGUUCCAUACUGAUUGCAGUCAUCUAUUCCUGCGUGUUAGUAUGCUUCUUGCGCUCCAAAACAGCGAAAUGUUUAUUUGAUAAAUUUUGGAAGAAGAAUGAAGUGACCGCAGAAACGAAAAACAACGAAGGAGAACUAAAUAAUAAACCGGAGACACCCGGGAAGCAGCACGCACCUAAACAGGCAGGAGAAUCUCAGAAACCGCAGGUACCUGAGAAAAAGGAAUCAUCUGGGAAAUCAGAUGUACCUAGGAAACAGGAAACACCUAGGAAAACAGAAGUACCUGAGAAGCAGGGAGCAUCUGCAAAAUUAGAUGCACCUAAGAAACAGGAAGCGCCUAAGAAACCGGAAUCACCUAAGAAACAGGAAACACCUAAGAAACAGGAAACACCCAAGAAGCAGGAAACACCUAAAACGGACGGAGAAUCGGACAAACCGAAAGAACCUAAGAAGCCGGAGAUACCCGAGAAGCACGACGCACCUAAGAACGGGGAAACACCUAAGAAACAGGAAGCAGCUGAGAAGCAAAAAGCACCGGGGAAGCUGAAACUACCGUGGUCACUGAAAUUACCUAAAAAACCAUAA